GCAUAUGAUAAAAAUCAGAAUUCUAAAAAUACUGUUAUCCAUGCUCCAGAGCCAUUGGAGGUGGAAUGGCCUGUUUCAGGGUUUAAACAGUUGAAGAAGGAGCACAAGCUCAUCAUGCCGAAAUUAUCAAGAGAGCAAAUAGAGGCUUAUUUCUUGUAUAGGAUGGCAGAGGACAAUGUGUAUAGUGGUGAACUGCAAUCUAUGACAAAGGGUCAACUGAUGUUUGAAAGCCAUAGCGUUUUAGCGUGUUCUAUUUUAAAAAAUGAUAAUGGGAUAUUUCUUAGUGGUGUGGUAGGAGCAGCUAUGAAGAAAAAGGUAACUUACAACUACAAGUUGAAACUUGAAAAGAGCUCCGGUGAUCCACUGAACUCACAUUGUGAAUGUCCAGCUGGAAAGGGACCACAUGGAUCCUGCAAGCAUGUGGCAGCAGUGCUAAUAAUGAUAAGUGAGUUCAUAGCAACUGGAAAUGUAAAUACAGGAAGGUCGUGUACUGAAACUUUGAUGAUGUUUACCAAGCCAAAAUCAUCAUAUAGUGGGUCUCCAGUGAAAGCAGAAAAGUUGCCAACUAAGAGAAAGCUGGCACCAGUUUAUCUUGCAGAUCCUAGACCAAUUAAAUACAGAAACUGCCCAGGUUACAAUGACCACAUCAAAAACACUGUAACAAACUUCUGCAGUGUAUCAUCAAUGGACUUAUCAAUUCGAUACUUGUAUGAAAAAGCUUAUAUUCAGGCAGCAGCCAAAGAUCAUGAUUAUUGUCCCAUGCCUUUUACUGAGCAUUGGGUUGAUAGAGCAAAUAAGGAUCAUGAUUUAGAAUCAAUCAAUCAGAAUGAUAUUAUGUUUUCAUAUAGGUUACACAAUCAGAUGUAG